UGUAUUCACACAGUACAGUGAUAGCGAUAUCAACACAGUCCGCAGAUUGACGUCAGUGUGUCGCAAUAACUUGUAGAGAGAAGACGACCAAAACGCAGUCUACGAUGGCUGUCACUUUGCUGUCACUUCUCUUGCUGUCCAUGUCAGUUCUGCUGGUCCACGGCUGUGGUUACAGCAGCACCACCUGCCCAACAAGCAGCAGUGAGAAUGAACAGCUGGCCAGGAGACAGGGGGAAACGCUGCAGCAGAAGGUGACGCACUUGGAAGACAUCAACACAGAGCUGCAGGAGGAAGUGGUGGGAUUGCGACGGACCCUUUCCGACCAGGUGGAGGUUCAACACGUCGUGAACGACCACAACAAGGCUCGGACCGAGAUCAACCACCUGAAACUCCACCAGACAGAGCUGCAGAAGAUGAUGAAGAGGGUGGAAAAUGAGAACGAGUACCUGAAAUCUACCAUGAGAAAAGCCGGGAUAAUCUCCCAGGCUGACUCCGCCAAGACAACGCGGGAAAACCAGUCGCGACUGCCCGGAGCGAUUGCUACAAGUAACACCCAGCUCUGCAAAGCACUGAAGACAUGGCAACAGGAAACCGGCAUGGAGUGUACAACUGAGGAUAGCCCGACAUGCACGGCGUACGAUGUGGUCUUCGCUGGCCGUUCCGUCCCGGUGUACUGCGACGAGGGCAGCGCUCACGACUGGAUCGUCAUCCAGCGGAGACUGAACGGAACUGUCAACUUCAACAGGGACUGGCACGAGUACAAGGAGGGGUUUGGUGACCCCGAUGGGGAGUACUGGCUGGGGCUGAAGCUCAUCCACAAGCUGACGGAGAACGGGAAAUGGACGCUCCGCAUCGACAUGGAAGACUGGGAGGGCAACGUCCGGUGGGCGCAGUAUUCCAGCUUCCACGUGUCCGGCGAAGGAAAGAACUUCAAGCUCCACAUAGCAGGGUACAGGGGAACUGCAGGAGAUGCCAUGACGUACCACCAUGGCAUGUCCUUCUCCACGUCCAACAAGAGUAACGUUGACCUUCAGGCGUCGCGCCGUAACCCGGACUGUUCGCAGGACUAUCGCAGUGGCUGGUGGUUCGGACCCUGCUUCAAGGCACUUCUGACCGGUCCUUACGCUGGAAACUGUGGGUACAGCUGUCCAUAUGGAGAGGGACUGUACUGGAACACUUGGAGAACUGGCUACUCACUGAAGACUGUCACAAUGAAAAUCAGGCCUGUCGUCACAAAGUGAGAGCAGAGUGUACUGCACAGACUUCAUAUCAUAGUGUGUUCGUCACAAUUGAGAAGGUCGAGUUGGAUAAACAUUGGAAUUACUGAGGCCAGUCUGGGCAGCCUGGCUUUAUAACUAGGCAAACUUGUUUUAGUCUGCUUAUAUAUAGAUAUUGCUAAAAAAAGUUACAUAUUUAAAUGUCAAAAAAUAUGAAAACUGAUACCAUGAUUAAUCAACUAGUUCACAAGAUGACAUUCCAGUUUUUUUUUGCUGUACGACGUUGCUAUCAUGAGAUUAAAAUCAUUGAUUUUAUGAAAUAAUAUGUUAACUUAACCCUGAGAAUAAGUUUGACCGAUUUAACAAGUGUUUUGUUCUUUUUCGGUAUUUAUAAUUUGAUACUGUUGCUGCUGCUACUGAAAUUACAUGUACAUGUGACAAUUGUAAGACAAUGCAAAAAAAAUACAUUUAAUUGUGACUUAGACCUAGUGUAGAAAGGGAGAAUGAGAAGCUUGUAAAUAGGCUGAAGUUGUUAUAGAUAAAUUCCUUGACGUUACCAAGGAGGUUCAAAGAGAAAUUUCUUUUUGACGCUACCAAGUUUGCAUAACAUUUUGUUAAAAGUAAUCUACUUGCCUGUUGUAUAUUCCUGUCAUAAAUUAAUGAAAAAAACUUGGAACAUUUUUCUAUGUCUGAUACAGAGAUGCUAUACCAAGAGAGAAUGACAUGAUAAUUCUACAUCAAACA